AUGUAUAUCAAAGAAGCCGCAAGACUCGAUGACCUUUGUGUCCAUUACUACAGGUUAUACAAGGAUAAAAGGGAGGUGGAAGCUUCAUUGCUCCUUGGACUUACCCUGCGAGGAAUCCAGAUCUUCCAGAGUUCAGGAGAUGAAAAGCAGCUGCUAUAUGACUUCCCCUGGACCAAUGUGGGGAAGUUGGUGUUCGUGGGCAAAAAGUUUGAGAUCUUACCGGACGGCUUACCCUCGGCCAGAAAAUUGACGUACUAUACCGGCUGCUCCAUGCGCUCACGUCACCUCCUUCAGCUGUUGAGUAACAGUCACCAACUCUACAUGAAACUCCAGCCAGUACUACGGCAAGUUCGACUACUGGAAGAAAAUGAAGAGAAGAAGCUGUACAGAGAGUCAUACAUCAGCGACACUUUGGAUCAGGAUAUGGAGCAUCUGGAGAACAGAUCCACGAGUAGCGGAGGGAGCACAAAGCACAAUUGCCUCUGCAGGCGCUCCACGACCAGUCACAGCAGUUCGCUCACCUCAGGGAUAGAGGCGGACACAAAAGCCAGGGACAUUGGAGCAGAGGAUAGUUUCUCUAGGUCAUCACUUCACCACAAACUGAAAACCUGCAGCUCUAUGACCAGCCACAGCAGCUCCCACACCUCUGGGGCUGAGAGCGCUGACAAGGACAGACUGGACGAUGACUCCCAAGAUGAUGAGAUUGAGAUGCUGGUAGAUGAUCCAAAGGACAUUGACUUGGCCUUGGACGUCAGCCCUGAACUCUGCGUCUACAUAACGGAGGACAUGCUGAGGUCACAACACAACAAUGGAUAUUCCGGUUUAAUUGUUAAAGAAGUUAAUUCAUCAACUUCCAGCUCUUCAGAAACAGUAGUUAAGCUACGUGGUCAGAGCACAGACUCAUUGCCACAGACGGCGUGCCGAAAACCAAAGACAUCCACCGAUCGCCACAGUUUGAGUCUGGAUGAUAUCCGCUUGUACCAGAAAGACUUUUUACAGAUCGCCAGCUUGUACCAAGAGACUGCCCAGAGCUAUACUUUCGGCUGUGGUCAUAACGCGGGUGACACAGGACUCUACUGCAACGGCUGUCUUGCUCAACAGUGUGUCAAUAUUCAUGAGCCCCUCGUGGCCAAGAAAGUCAGCAAGUACUUUUCUUUGGACCUUACUCAUGAUGAUGUCCCGGAGUUUGUGGUCUAA